CAUAGCGCGGACCACAAAACACAAGUUACUUUUGUUCCACUCAUCACUCAUAACUCAUCCAUCGCAUUAUUUGUGUUCAUUUCUCAUCACACUCCAUCACUCACAGUUUCACACAGAGAGAUUCGGCUUGAAGCUGCAGCUUCCUCUUCUCACUCUUACUCACAUUUUCAUUUUCAUUCACCAUUUUGAAGAUCCUUUCUCUCUUUCCUCUUUUUGUGACGUAAAAACAUUUCAGAUCUCGAACGUUAGAGGAGAGAGAAAGAAAGCGGUGAGAGAAUAACCGCUGUUUCGGUAUUCUUGUCUAGCGAGACUCUCUCACCUUCCUUGCUUGAUUCCUUUUUUUUCCAUCUGAAAUCUUGGAAAUGGAGGAUGCACUGCAUGCUAAUGCGCCCUUGGAUUAUGCUUCAAUUCGGAUUUUUCCGAAUCAAAAUAGGUAUGAGGCAUUUGUAUUUAAGGGGAAACAAUCUGAGCAAGUGUUGGCCGGACAUUUGGAACACCUGUUGCCGCAUAUACCUGCAAUAAACAAAUUAUAUGCCAAGGGAUCUAACGCGAACUUUGAUCUUGAGUUGCCAGAAAAUAUGCAUGGUGCUGAAUGGUUUUCAAAAGCUACUGUUACAAGGUUCCUGCAUAUUAUUAGUUCACCAGAUUUGAUAAUUGACAUUAAUACUAUCAUGGAUGAGAUGUCACAGUUGGAGGAGUCGAAAAAAUUUCAUGUUUCAUUAUAUGGAAAGCCUGAAGAAAAAAGCUUGUCAUCUGAUACUUCAAAGAACGAAUUAUUACGAGCAAUGGACCUAAGGCUUACAGCAUUGAGAAGCAAGUUGGUUGAAAUAAUUGACAAGGCUACUGGUGAUACCUGCUCCCGUGAAGCUAUGACUCAUUUAGCAAAAUUUUCUCAACAUUUUGGUGCUGUUAAAAUUGAGAAUUCUUUGUGCAAGUUUAUAGAACUAAAUCAAACGAGCCAGGAUACUGGUCCCUUGAACAAUGAAACACCCUCGACUACAUGUAAGGGGACAAGCAGUGCUGCAAGCAACCCUGUUAAAGUUCGGCAGAUUUCCAGGUCAUCUAACUCUGAUGCCCCUGUUGUCUACGGUGUUUCACCAGCUAAAGCUGCUCAAAUUGAGAGGCAGAGUUCAACAGAAAGUGAGGAGUCUUCUAACUCAAGUGAUGAGGAUCAAAUAUCUGCUGAGAGAAGUCGUUCUCUUGUAAGAUCUGCAACACCCAGAAGGUCAGCAUCCCCAAUGCGAAGGGUACAAAUAGGAAGAGCAGGACCUCGCAGAGCUGCUGCAUUAACUAUAAAGAGUCUCAAUUUUUUUCCUGGCAAAGGGGGGCCAAUUUCUUAUAGAGAUGCUGCUGAAAAUGGCUCUGAAGGGGAAGUAUCUGAGCAACCCUAUAAGAAAUCAGAAAUUGAUGUUAGGAGGAUAACGGUGCAAGAUGCCAUCAGUCUUUUUGAAGGUAAACAGCGGGAUCAAACUGCAGAUGUUCAAAAGAGGAAGUCAUUAGCAGAUGUUUCUAUCAGUACAAAUAAAUCUGUCUUGAGAAGAUGGAGUGCAGGUAUGGGAGAGACCUCUGUUCAAGACCAGUCAGAAGUUGCAACUGAAGAUCCUCUUCCAGUGACCUCCAAUGAUGUGGUAGAUGUCGAUAACCAUAAGAAUUCGGAAGAAGUGGUGUCUGAUUUUACUUCUGAAAGUCACGAUAACGAUGAGAUAAAUGCUGGUGACAUAAAACAGGAAAGACAGGAAAAUAGUUCCUAUGCUAUAGAUAAUGCAAAAGAAACUGAGUCAAAAGAGGAAACUGCCAGAAAGUUGGCAGCGUCAGAAGAAUGGAAUAAAAGAAAGCAAGAAGAGUUCAACCAGAUUCUUAAGAAAAUGGUUGAAAGCAAGCCUGUUAUGUUUGGAAAGUCCCAGCCCAGCAGAAACCAGAAUAUUCCUUUUGAACAGAGGGGAGGGUCUUAUGAUAAUUAUAAGGAGAAAAGGGAUGCAAAACUCCGAGGAGAGAAUACUGGAAAGCGGGUAGAAAAAGAAGCACAGUUUCGAGAAAUGCAGCAACUACUUGAUAAGAGGAAAGAAAUGUUAUCCAAAAAUCUGAGUGCAAGUAAAAAAAGUGCUACAAGGUUGCCCCAAAAAUCACUAAGAAAUCCAACUCAACCUGCAAAUUCUCCAAAAGAGACCUCUAAACCUAUAGCUACAAAGAAGACAUCUAAAACGUCACCAGUGCCUGCUAUUCGGAAAUCAUGGUCAGCAAUGCCUUCACCAAGGGCUGCAGGGACAUCUCCUGUUAAAUCACGCAGUGGAAUUUCAUCUGCUAGCACCACCCCAACACGUCGGAAACCAAUCUCGACAUCUUCUGUGCCUCAACCAAUCCCCCAAAGGGAGAAGUCCCAGCAUCGAAACAGAAAUGAGAAAGAACCUCAGACUGGCAGUGCCAGAAGUGUCAAAAGCAAUGAGAAAUGGCAGACAGCUGUUGCAAAUAAGAGCAAGGCAACCAAAGCAAAAGUAACGAAAGCUUCUGAAGAAACCACUGUUCCUUCAAAGAUUAGCUUGGCUAGCAAGGGAACCAAGAAAAGCAGUGUGGUGCCAUUGGAAUCGAAACCAUUUCUACGUAAGGGUUCUCGGAUGGGAAAUGGUACAGGGACUGGUGCUGGUAAUCUUAACAAGAGAAAAACUCCUCCUAAGCUGGACAAAUCUCUAACUGAAAAUGGUAUUCAACAUCAAGAAACGGAAUUGGUUCUCAAUGCUUCUGAUCUGAACAGUCAACAUUCAGACAGGGACACUGCAACACCCACUCAUCAGAAUGCUGCUACAGAACCAGAAACUCAGGUAAAUAACCACUUGCAAUGUGGUGAAAUAGGAAAUUUAGACCAAGAUCCUACUGAAGUUGGUGAUGUCUCAACAGAUGUAAUAGAGUCUCCCAUAGAAAUAAGGAAUGAAGAGUCAACCAUAUCACCCUCUGCCUGGGUGGAGGAGACCGAAGAGGAUCUGGAACUGUCCAGGCCAUGCGAGGACAACACAUUUCAACCCACAUCUCUGGCUGGUAUCCCUCCAGCAGGAUCCGCUAGUCCCCGUGUUCGCCAUUCUCUGUCGCAAAUGCUUCAAGAAGAAAACAGUGAACCUGACACUUGUGAAUGGGGAAAUGCUGAGAAUCCUCCGGCCAUUAUAUCCCAAAAAGAUGCACCCAAAGGUUUCAAAAAGAAAUGCCGACAAUCUACUGAGAAAGGCUGCUCUUAA